GAACGAGGAAGUUGUGUAUGUAGGAUGUGAAAGUGAAAGUGAAAAGAGAUGCACGCAUACAAUAGGGUACCGAGUAGUGGACAGAGCAGCCCAUCAGCACCAUCAUCCCCCCGCCUCCGUUCCAAACCCGCUCCUCGUUUUCCCGCCCCCAAAACCCUUCCCCAACAUCUUGCUUCCCGUUUUCUCUCUCUUCUUCUUCGUAGACAAGGCAUUUUUCUCUUUGCCCCAUUGAUUUACAUCUCUGCAGUCCUUUUUUACAUCAAUACUCUCGACUUUCACAGCCUUCCACCUCCUCAUUAUGCACCACCUGGCUCUGUUUACCGUAGCCCACAACUUUAUGCUAAUCUUAGACCUCAAAUGGACUCCGAUAAUUCCAAUGCUGAUGCGAUAUCGACAAUAUGGAGAAACUCCUAUAAAGGUGGUGAAUGGAGACCAUGCAUUGACAAGUCUUCAAGAGGUUUACCUGAAUCAAAUGGGUACAUUUACAUCGAGGCAAAUGGUGGUCUGAAUCAGCAAAGAACAUCAAUAUGCAACGCUGUUGCUGUGGCAGGUUAUCUUAACGCGACCCUGAUCAUUCCACAUUUCCACUUUCACAGCAUUUGGAGGGAUCCAAGCAAAUUCAGCGAUAUUUAUGAUGAAGAAUUUUUUGUUAAAACCCUAGCAAAUGAUGUAAGGGUGGUAGACAAGGUUCCUGGUCUUAUUAUGGAACGGUUUGAUCACAAUAUGACCAAUGUGUACAACUUCAGGAUCAAGGCAUUGUCCUCUAUUUCGUACUACCGGGGGACAGUUCUUCCUAAGAUGGUUGAAGAACAGAUCAUCAGGAUAUCCCCGUUUGCUAAUCGUUUGUCAUUCGAUGCUCCUCCACCAGUUCAGCGGCUUAGGUGUCUGGCAAACUAUGAAGCCCUUAGAUUUUCAAACCCCAUUUUGAGUUUAGGACAAACAUUGGUUGCAAGAAUGAAAGACCGAAGUGCAAAUAAUAGUGGGAAGUAUAUAUCUGUGCAUCUUCGCUUUGAGGAGGAUAUGGUUGCUUUCUCUUGUUGUAUAUAUGAUGGUGGAGAUAAAGAAAAAAUAGAUAUGGAUGCUGCAAGAGAGAGAGGAUGGAGGGGAAAAUUCACAAAACGUGGUAAAGUGAUUCAUCCUGGAGCAAUCAGGAUCAAUGGAAAGUGUCCCUUAACACCAUUAGAGGUUGGAUUGAUGUUAAGAGGGAUGGGGUUUGGUAAAAGCACAUCCAUUUAUUUAGCUUCUGGAAAGAUCUACGACUCUGAGCGCCACAUGAAACCACUAUUAGAGAUGUUUCCGCUUUUACAAACGAAAGAGAUGCUAACAUCCCACGAAGAACUCGCCCCAUUUCAGAAUUACUCUUCCAGGAUGGCUGCUAUAGACUAUACUGUUUGUCUUCAUAGUGAAGUAUUUGUGACAACUCAAGGAGGAAAUUUCCCCCACUUUUUGUUGGGUCAUAGAAGAUUCUUGUAUGGUGGACACUCGAGGACAAUUAGGCCAGACAAGAGGAAGUUAGCUUUAUUAUAUGAUAACCCAAAUAUUGGGUGGAAAAGCUUCAAGCGGCAAAUGCUAAAUGUACGAGCACAUAGUGAUUCAAAAGGAAUUGAGAUCAAAAGACCAUCUGAUUCUCUAUAUUCAGUCCCUUGCCCAGAUUGCAUGCGCCGCAGUAACAAGACUGAAGUUUUGAAAUCAUCCUUAGCGACAUGAUUCUGGGAAUAUCUUUGGUGGUGUUUCAGUUCACAUUGUCUGUAUGGUUUUAAGCUCCUAACCUUGCCAUUCUAUGUCCCCCCCCC